CCUUGAUUCACGGCGAUUCCAACGUUUCCCUCUAUCGCUCUCUCCUUCUCUCAACCUCUCCCUCCCUCCCUCCCUCGAUUUCAUCGAAGCUCGCCUCCACCUCUACAUGUACUUCCCUCCCAAUAGCUCCCUGAUUUAUCUGCAAUCGACAUACUCACCGACACCCAAAAUUGAACUGAUUCGAUUCAACGCGCGCAAAUACCCAUAGAGAACUAUCUGGCCAUGCGACUCUGGUCCUCUGCAAUCUACCUCUCCAGAGAGGACUCCUUUAGUUUUGUUCGAAUCUCCGCUUGUCCACUGUUUGAUUUCACGAAUUAUACAAGAUAUGCCCACCGAUUCUAAUGCUCCCAAUCCCAGGGGUCUUCUCUGCAAUGCCGGCGCAGGGGCGGCUGCCGGAGUUAUUGCUGCGACAUUUGUGUGUCCUUUAGACGUCAUCAAGACUAGGUUUCAGGUUCACGGGCUGCCGAAGCUUGAUAAUGGAAGUAUUAAAGGUAUUAAAGGGAGUCUAAUAGUGGGUAGUUUGGAACAAAUAAAACAGAAGGAAGGGCUACGUGGCAUGUACCGUGGACUUGGUCCUACUGUGUUGGCACUACUUCCUAAUUGGGCAGUUUAUUUUACAAUAUAUGAGCAGCUCAAAUGCUUUCUUUCUUCCAAUGAUGAAAAUCAUCUUUCAAUAGGUGCUAAUGUGAUAGCUGCUUCUGGUGCUGGAGCUGCGACAACUAUUUUCACAAACCCUCUUUGGGUUGUGAAGACCAGACUUCAAACCCAGGGAAUGAGAGCAGGUGUGGUUCCAUAUAGGAGUACGCUGUCUGCUUUGAGGAGAAUAGCUCAUGAGGAGGGUAUUCGUGGGUUAUACAGCGGUCUCGUGCCUGCAUUGGCUGGCAUCAGUCAUGUUGCUAUUCAAUUUCCAACAUAUGAGACCAUCAAAUUUUAUUUGGCUGAUCGAGAUAAUACGACAAUGGAUAAACUAAGUGCACGUGAUGUAGCGGUUGCCUCAUCGGUCUCAAAAAUAUUUGCUUCAACAUUGACAUAUCCUCAUGAGGUUGUACGCUCAAGGCUUCAAGAACAGGGCCACCAUUCUGAGAAGCGCUACUCUGGUGUGGUUGAUUGCAUAAAGAAGGUAUUUCAGAAAGAUGGUAUUCCUGGUUUUUACCGGGGGUGUGCCACCAACCUUCUUAGGACCACCCCUGCAGCUGUUAUUACAUUCACCAGCUUUGAGAUGAUUCACCGUUUUCUUGUUACUCUUUUCCCUCCUGAUCCUCAUUCUCACACAUUGUGAAACUGGAUUGAUCUCGAGAUUGUUUGUAUGGAUAAACCGACUUGCAUUCUAUGGACAACAAAAGGGAAGAAUCGCAAGGUUAGGUUGACAUUGUCCCAGAGAUGAUAUAUUCUCUAGAUUUCUUGUGUUCUGUAUUUAUUUCAGGUAGUUUUUGUAGCAAUUAGCAACAGUGAUAAAUAUUGAAACUACAUCUACAUCCCUCGUAUAACUUCUGUAACUAAAAGUUGCUGAAGGAGGGGAAGGAAUUUUACGUCAAGGGUACUUUGUGGACUUGAAUAUUCAAACAUUUUUUAUAUGAUGACUUUGUAAUAAAUUUUUCUAGAAGUCUCGACAUUUAACAUCUUAUUUGGCAUUAUAGCUGGCUUUACA